AUGGGUAUCAAAGGACUUCAUGGUCUCUUGAAAUCCAUUCAAAAGCCAUGUCAUAUCAAGAAGUUCAGUGGACAGACUCUUGCAGUCGAUGCCUAUGGCUGGCUUCAUCGCGGUACGGUCGCCUGUUCCGUUGACCUGGUCCUGGACAGACCGACCAGGAAGCAUAUCGAUUUUGUCCUUCAUCGAGUGCGCAUGCUCCUGUACUUCGGUGUCACACCCUAUCUCGUGUUCGAUGGCGACAACCUCCCUAGCAAAGCAGGCACGGAACAAGAUCGGCACCGCAGACGUCAGGAGAGUAAAGUUUUGGGUUUGGAACUACAAAAGAAGGGACGAUUGCCCGAGGCCUAUCAGGAGUUUCAGAAGGCUGUGGACGUCACGCCCUACAUGGCCCGUCAAUUGAUUGAGGAAUUGAAGCAGAUGAAAGUACAGUUCGUGGUGGCGCCUUACGAGGCUGAUGCACAGAUGGUGUACUUGGAACAGCAAGGUUUGAUCCACGGAAUCAUUUCAGAGGACUCCGACUUGCUUGUGUUCGGAGCCAAGAGAUUGUUGUCAAAGUUGGAUCAACAUGGUGAUUGCAUUGAGAUCAACCGGGCCGAUUUUACUGCAUGUCGCGAGGUUAGCCUCGUUGGAUGGAGUGAUGAAAACUUUCGUCAAAUGUGUAUUCUGAGCGGUUGUGAUUAUUUGGCGAAUAUCCCCAAGAUGGGACUGAAGACUGCCUACCGCAGCAUUCGCAAACACCGGACGAUUGAGAAGGCGCUGCGCAUGGCUCAAUUCGACGGCAACUUUCAAGUUCCCACUGAUUAUCUUGCAAACUUCAAGCAAGCCGAGCUCACCUUCCUCUACCAGCGUGUGUUUUGUCCCAACGCCAAGAAGCUCGUGACCCUCACAGUUCCAGAGAAAGGUAUCAACCUUGACGAGCUUCCCUUCAUUGGAGGAGAUGUGGAAGCUGAGAUCGCGGCUGGCGUGGCAUGCGGAGAUUUGGAUCCGAUGACCAAGGAGCCGAUUGUGUUGAGACCGGUUGUUGCAGGUAAAUUACCCAUGGGAAUCAGUCGUCGUCAGACACUGGGUUCAGAGCUGAAACCCAGCAAGUCCAUCAAUUCUUUCUUCACCCCGAAGCGAACCCCGCUGGCCGAGCUGGACCCGAACAGCCUCACCCCGUCGCCAAGCCAGCAGCGCCUUUUGGAGCGGAACGCGAACAAUUCCUGGCAAGCCAACUCCGCUCCCUUACGCUCUAACACGGUGAGGUCUACUCCACUUCGCGCAUUGUCAGACCAAGGUCUCAGCCCUAUGAUUCGCAGCGUUGAGCGCAAUUCUUUUCUGGCUAAAGCCGCACGCGCCUCAACUUUGCAAUCUACCAAGCGGCAAAGACUCUCCGAUUCUUUGCCCCCCCACACAGAACAGGCAAGCCCCAGUGGCCUGAAACAUUCACGGUCCAAGAAGCAACGGAAAUCGACACUUGAUGUCUUUUCCGAUGAAAUUGCAGAGGACAUUUUUUCUAGUAUCCCCGAUCCGGCUUCUCAGGGCGAGGGCGUGGAGAACCGAGCGGAGACUGAACAGAGUGGAGCUGAGGCCCCAUCCGAUCCCCGGAUUGCACAAAGUGGACCUUCCACCGAGGGUCAGAUCGAACGAACCGAGUCCACUCCCGUAACGAACAGGUCUGGCUGUGCUCUCAAACAUGCUGUUGCACGGCAAAAUUCGACGGUCUUGUCAAAGUACAUGUUCAACUCUGGCUCCCGGCCCAAGUCGACACUUCGCUCACCACAAACGAGAAUUCCUGUGACUCUAUCUGGGAGCAGGCUAAUGCCAACGUCUUCUCCUUGGACACCUCGCACGGCUAUCCCAAGCAAAGUCCCUCAACGGCAGCGUAUGACUCCAUUGCAGCGUAUGGGACAAGCCGCUCUCACGCGGUCGAAUACUAUUAAUUUUCCCACCACGCUUCGAAAAGCCGACUCUCUAUCCACUGAAGCAGAUAGUUCGCAAGACACACCAACAUCACCCUUCGCACCGAAGCAUGUUGCCCAUGGAAGUGAGGACCACAUCAUACCGGACAGCGAAGAUGAGGAAGAAGACGAGCCGUACACGUCUCAGCGCACACCGCUUGACCUCAAGCGUUUCUCAUUUGCGGCGAAUUAG